AUGAACGGCGUGCCAUGCUGUGCCAUACUACCGCAUCGACAGAGGAGUUGUCUAUGAAUUGAAGUUGCUGCUCCUCUCGAUCUUUCUUCUUCCGUAUCAUUCCACGAGUUUGAUCCUCGAGUUGUUCAAUUCUGGCAGAGCGAUCCUUCUCAUCCACCUGCAAUUUUUAGCAAUUAAUUUACUGAAGAUUUCUUUUUAGCAAUUUUUCAUUUAAAAAUUAAGUCUUGCCGGAACCGCUAAACCCUAACUUGGGGGCUUCUUCUCUUCCCAUUGCGUCAAUUUUCCGACUUGCGUUCCGGCAGCGUUGGCGUUGGUUGCCAUGCCGUCGUGAAAUAAUGCAUCGUGGGAUAGGGUAUGGUGUCGGUUUGCUCCUGAGGCGUGAGCGGUCCUCAGCGACACUACUGAAUCGCAAGUCUGGAGCUUUAUCUUUCCUCUUACGGCGGUCGACCUGCGAGAGGGCUGGUGGGGUUACUUCUCGAUGCUGCAUUAGAUGGGAUAGGGGUUUCUGCGGCUAUGCGGUGGAGCAGUUCUCAGACGACGAAUAUGAGUGCGAAUUCGAUAGCCAAAAGCCUUCUUCAAUGGCUAACGUUGAUGAAUGGAGAUGGAAACUUAGUUUUCUUUUACGUAACCCGGAAGAGCAAGAGAUCAUUUCCAGAGACAAAAGAGACAGGCGAGAUUAUGAACAAAUAUCCAAUCUUGCAAAAAGAAUGGGUCUCUACAGUGAACUUUAUGGAAAGGUGGUGGUUGCCAGCAAGGUUCCUCUACCUAAUUAUAGACCUGAUAUUGACGAUAAGAGGCCACAAAAAGAAGUGGUGAUUCCUCUUAGCUUGCAGAGGAGGGUCGAGGGCCUGCUGCAAGAACAUGUUGAUAGGGUGCUGUUAAAAUCUAACAAGAUCAACAGUGAAUUGGAAAACAACUCUUCCAGCAAGGUGGUGGAAGAUGUUGAACCAAAUGAAAACCAAGAACCUUUGGUCGAUAGGUCAGUUAUGGAAAAAAUUCUACAGAGAAAGAGUAACCGAAUGAGGAACUUGCAGAUAACUUGGCAGUGUUUGUCCAGUACAUCGGAAUAUACUUGCCCAGUAUAGAUGGAAUCACAUGAGGGUGUAAAGAUGCUGAAUUUUAGAAAAUCCCUCCCUUCAUUCAAGGAGAAGGACAGAUUACUGUCUGCUAUCGCCCACAAUCAGGUGAUUGUAAUUUCUGGGGAAACUGGCUGUGGUAAAACCACUCAACUUCCUCAAUAUGUAGUAGAUUCUGAGAUAGAAGCUGGCCGUGGAGCAUUUUGUAAUAUCAUUUGCACUCAACCACGAAGGAUAUCUGCUAUGGCUGUUGCAGAAAGAGUUUCAACUGAAAGAGGGGAGAAUCUUGGUGAGACAGUUGGUUACAAAGUUCGAUUAGAGGGAAUUAAAGGAAAAAAUACACAUCUGCUUUUUUGUACCAGUGGCAUUUUGCUAAGAAGAUUGUUGGGGGACCCAAAUCUGAAUGGUGUAACUCAUGUUUUUGUUGACGAGAUUCAUGAACGAGGCAUGAAUGAAGAUUUUUUGUUGAUUGUGUUAAAGGACCUUCUUCCACGCCGUCGUGAUUUGAGGUUGAUUUUGAUGAGUGCAACUCUGAAUGCUGAAUUAUUUUCAAGUUACUUCGGUGGGGCUCCAACAAUCCAUAUUCCAGGCUUCACCUACCCUGUUAGGGCACACUUUCUUGAAGAUAUUCUUGAGAAGACUGGAUAUAAGCUGACUUCUUUCAACCAAAUUGAUGACUAUGGCCAAGAGAAAUUGUGGAAGACACAGAAGCAGCUAAUGCCACGUAAAAGGAAAAAUCAGAUUACUUCUCUUGUUGAGGAUGCUCUUAAAAAUUCAAAUUUUGAGGGCUUCAGUUCCAGAGCACGUGAUUCUUUGGCCUCCUGGACACCAGAUUGUAUAGGUUUUAAUCUUAUUGAGGCUGUUCUAUGUUAUAUAUGUCGGAAGGAGCAGGCAGGUGCUGUGCUUGUUUUUAUGACUGGCUGGGACGAUAUUAGUUGCUUGAGGGAUCAGCUAAGGGCUCAUCCUCUAUUAGGAGAUCCAAACAGGGUGUUGGUACUUGCAUGUCAUGGUUCGAUGGCUACUUCUGAACAGAAACUUAUCUUUGAAAAGCCACCACCAAAUGUACGGAAGAUAGUUCUGGCUACAAACAUGGCAGAAGCAAGUAUUACAAUAAAUGAUAUCGUCUUUGUUGUAGACUGUGGAAAAGCAAAGGAGACUACAUAUGAUGCUUUGAACAAUACACCUUGCUUGCUGCCAUCUUGGAUUUCUAAAGCUUCUGCUCGUCAAAGAAGAGGUAGGGCUGGGCGUGUGCAACCAGGGGAAUGCUAUCAUCUCUAUCCUAGAUGUGUAUAUGAUGCCUUUGCAGAAUAUCAACUUCCUGAGCUGCUACGAACCCCGCUGAAUUCAUUAUGUUUGCAAAUAAAAAGCUUGCAUGUUGGUAGCAUAGGGGAGUUCUUAUCAUCUGCUUUGCAGCCCCCCGAAUCUCUUGCUGUACAAAAUGCUAUCGAAUUCCUUAAGAAGAUUGGAGGUCUAGAUGAGCAGGAGAAUCUUACAAAUCUUGGUCAAUAUCUUUCAAUGCUUCCAGUUGAUCCAAAGCUAGGAAAGAUGCUUAUUAUGGGUGCCAUUUUUCGGUGUGUGGACCCAGUUCUUACAGUUGUAGCUGGUCUAAGUGUUAGAGACCCUUUUUUAUUACCACAGGACAAGAAGGACUUGGCAGGAACUGCAAAAUUACGAUUCUCAGCAAAGGAUUACAGUGAUCAUAUGGCUCUCAUCCGUGCAUACGAGGGAUGGAAAGAAGCAGAGAGAGAAGGAUCAGCAUAUGAGUUCUGUUGGAGGAACUUUCUUUCAGCGCAAACUCUACAAGCAAUUCAUUCUCUUAGGAAGCAAUUUAGCUUUAUUUUAAAAGAUGCUGGUUUAGUAGAUGCAGACUCCAGCGUCAAUAACAGCUUGAGUUAUAACCAGUCACUGGUUCGAGCUAUUAUAUGCUCUGGGCUGUUUCCUGGGAUAGCGUCAGUUGUGCACAGAGAGAAGUCCAUGUCUUUCAAAACGAUGGAUGAUGGCCAGGUUUUACUUUAUGCUAACUCUGUGAAUGCAAAUUACCAGACAAUCCCAUAUCCCUGGUUGGUCUUUGGUGAGAAGGUGAAAGUCAACACUGUAUUUAUUCGCGAUUCAACAGGUGUAUCUGACUCAAUACUGAUCCUAUUUGGUGGCUCUCUUGUGAGAGGAGAAGUGCCUGGGCACUUAAAGAUGCUGGAUGGCUACAUUGAUUUUUUUAUGGAUCCAAGUUUAGCUAACUACUACUGUAGUCUCAAGAUGGAACUUGAUAAGCUUGUCCUUAGAAAGCUUGAAGAUCCAAAAGUGGAUAUCCACAAAGAAAGCAAGUACCUAAUGCUUGCUGUUCAGGAGCUUGUUUCGGGAGAUCUGUGUGAAGGAAGAUUUGUAUUUGGAAGAGAAACAAGAAGGGCCAGGUUUAGUAGCAAGGAGAGUGACAAGCAUGAUUUCGUGAAGAACAACACCAACCCAAAGAGCUUGCUGCAGACGUUACUGAUGAGGGCUGGCCACGCUCCCCCGAGGUACAAGACGAAGCACCUGAAGACCAACGAAUUUCGGGCAAUAGUGGAAUUUAAGGGGAUGCAAUUUGUUGGAAAGCCAAAGAAGAGCAAGCAGUUUGCAGAAAGGGAUGCUGCCAUAGAAGCUAUGGCAUGGCUGACCCACACUUCUGAUAAGAGACACCAGGAUGAAGGAGAUGAAGACUCCCAGAUCGAUCUCACAGACAAUAUGCUUAAGCUUAUAAGCAAAUCAAGGCGAAAGUUGAGGCGCCGUUAAGGCUGAUCAAUCUUGAUGGGUUGUGUUGUACUCAAUAACCAAGGCAAUGCAUAAAGUAAAUUUUGCCAGGUUCUAUCGCCUCUGGUAGUCCUAUCAUUAUUUCUUUAGGUCAGUUGGAUUAAUCAAUCCCAAACAGGCUGGCCUUUGAGCAGGACGUUUGGAUGGUUCCUUUGAGAUUCAGCAGUGGAGAGGGAAUGGGAUUGCAAUUGGAUUAAUCUUGUAUUUGGUAUAAGCUCAAAUGAGGAAAAAAAUAAUAUAUAUAUUCAUGUAUUUUAGUUUUUGCUUUUUCA